AUGCGUCAUCCUCAGCCAACCAUGCCGAUGCGUUGUCUCUUUAUCAGCAGACAUCUUGUAAAACUGUAUCUUUUCCUACAGAACACCAACGGCAGUUUUUCCUACCAAGGGCCUGUGCCACAUAUAGGGAAAUUUCGUCCAAAAAGUGUGGCAAGUAACAAUAUGGCUCAGUUUAUUUCACCUGAUGUAAAAAUGGAAUUAGUUCAUCGACAGCUUGCGAUGGAGGCUCGAGCAGAUCCGAUCGUUUAUCCUGAUCUGCCGCAACAAGUAGAGCACUUCAACCAGUUGGUCCCGUUAGAACAGAUUAACCAGCACCAUGCCACCCAAUCCGUUUUCAAGGCGGUUUCCAUACGGGAUGGUGUUACGUACUGUAUAAGAAGGCUGCAUGGCUUUCGCAUUUCCUCUCCAAAGCAAUUGCAACCGUUAGAGACGUGGAAGAAGUUGGUGAAUGUCAACGUUGUACAGCUGCGAGAGGUGAUUGCCAACUGCAAGGCUUUCGGUGACAGUUCCGUCAUUCUUGUAUACGACUACCACCCUUUGGCGGACUCGUUAAAAACUCGCCAUUUUGGCCGUAUGCUUGGUAGCGGUUUUAUUGAUGGAAUAACUGGAGCUAAAAUGUCGAGUCAGCUUUCUGGGCACGCCUCAAACCAAAUGCAACAAGGUGCUGGAGUGGUUGAGUGGUUGUUGUGGUCAUAUGUAAUUCAACUCUCGUCUGCACUGCGAGCUGUUCAUGCUAACGGUCUCGCGUCCAGAUGUGUAGAUCUCUCAAAGAUCCUCGUCCACGGCAAAAGCAAGAUUCUCUUGAGUUGCGGUGGUGUAGCCGACCUAUUAGCUCCUGACACACAAGUCCAGCAGCUACAGAUGGAAGAUCUCCAUGCUCUUGGUCGAGUGCUCCUGGCCUUGGCGACCGGCAAUGCUUUCUCAGCUCGUCGAGAUCUCGUCCAACAGAGUAUGACAUACGUCACCAAUCAUUAUAGCAGUGAUAUGAAAAAUCUCAUAAGUUUCCUUCUUUCGUCUUCGCCUACGGGUCGUAAAUCAAUAAAUGAGAUUAUGCCAAUGAUUGGAGCACGUUUUUAUUCGCAGCUGGAGACGGCUCAAAUGCGAAACGAUAUGCUUGAGAAUGAACUCAGCAAGGAAUUGGAAAAUGGUCGAUUGUUCAGAAUCUUAUCUAAAAUCAAUACAAUUGUUGAGAGACCAGAACACAAUUUGGAUCCCACAUGGUCCGAGACUGGUGACCGUUUUCUGAUCAAGUUGUUCCGGGAUUACGUCUUUCAUCAAGUAACUGAAAGUGGCAAGCCGUGGAUGGAUAUGGCCCAUAUUGUCCAGUGCCUUAAUAAACUUGAUGCCGGUGUGUCCGAGAAAGUGCAGCUUGUGUCAAGGGAUGGAAAUAAUCUCAUUGUCGUAUCAUACGGAGAUCUGAGAAGGUAG